UUCACAGCAAAGGCCUUCUUGGCCUGCGCUCUGUCCGGUACCGAUCAUAGAGCACUGUAUAGGGGAGCUGCGGGACUAAAUUAGUCUAAUCCCUGCUCCCAGCACAGACCGUAGCUGCUUAGGUAUAGCCGAGGUUUGCACCCGGUGUUCGGCAGCUCAGGAUGUGGCUGAACCCGGAGGAGGUGCUGUUGGCUAACGCGCUAUGGGUAACUGAGAGAGCGAACCCCUUCUUCAUCCUACAGCGGCGGAGGGGCCACGGCAAAGGGGGAGGCCUAACAGGCCUGCUUGUGGGCACUCUGGAUGUUGUACUGGACUCUAGUGCCCGAGUGGCCCCAUACCGAAUACUUCACCAGACCCAGGAAUCCCAAGUUUACUGGACAGUGGCUUGUGGAUCUUCUAGGAAGGAAAUAACAGCGCAUUGGGAGUGGCUAGAGAGUAACUUGCUGCAGACUCUCUCUAUCUUUGACAAUGAAGAAGACAUUACCACCUUUGUCAAAGGCAAAAUACAUGGCAUCAUUGCUGAGGAGAACAAGAACAUGGAACCCAAGGAUGAUGAAGACCCUGGAAAGUUCAAAGAGGCUGAGCUGAAAAUGCGUAAACAGUUUGGUAUGCCAGAAGUGGAGAAACUGGUCAACUAUUAUUCCUGCAGCUACUGGAAAGGGCGGGUGCCCAGGCAAGGUUGGCUCUACCUGACAGUCAACCAUCUCUGUUUCUACUCCUUCUUGCUAGGAAAGGAAGUGACCUUGGUUAUCCAGUGGCUGGAUGUAACUCAAUUAGAGAAGAAUGCCACGCUGCUUUUUCCUGAGUGCAUCAAGGUCAGCAAACGUGACAGCGAGUAUUACUUCUCUAUGUUCCUCAACAUCAAUGAAACCUUCAAGCUAAUGGAACAACUGGCUAACAUUGCCAUGCGUCAGCUUUUGGACAACGAGGGCUUCCUUGAGGAUAAGAACCUUCCCAAGUCCACACGCGCCCUCAAAAACAUUUCAGCACUAAAAAGAGACCUGGAUGCCCGAGCAAAGAAUGAGCGUUACAGAGCCACCUUCCGCCUCCCCAGAGAUGAGCGACUUGAUGGGCACACAGAUUGUACACUAUGGACACCAUUUGCCAAAAUGCACAUCCCUGGUCAGAUGUUUGUUUCCAAUAACUACAUUUGUUUUUCCAGUAAAGAAGAGGAAGUGUGUCAUCUCAUCAUACCCCUUCGUGAAGUCACUAUUGUGGAGAAAGCUGAUAGCUCCAGCGUUCUUCCCAGUCCUCUCUCCAUUAGCACCAAAGGCAAAAUGACUUUCCUGUUUGCAAAUUUGAAAGACAGAAACUUCCUGGUGCAGCGCAUCUCAGACUUCCUGCAGAGGACAUCAUCUCAGAGAAUUGGCGGAGACAGUAACGAAGAGUCACUGGGAAUAUUAAGGAAAGCAAGCACUGGGAACAGUAGAUAUGAGAUUGCCAGGCUGGCUAGCACCACUCCAACAGAUGUUGGCCCAAUUUUUUCCAUACCUCAGAAUUCUGGUAGCACUGAUGCCCCCACAGCUUCUCAAGGCCUCCUCAAGUUAUUCCAGAGAGAUUCUACAGGGGAUCAGGGUCCAAAAUGGGCCAAGGAGAAGAUGAAGGAGGAGUCUUGGAACAUUCACUUCUUUGAGUAUGGUCGUGGAAUGUGCAUGUACCGCACAUCAAAGACUCGAGAGCUGGUCCUAAAAGGGAUUCCUGAAAGUCUAAGAGGAGAGCUCUGGCUUCUGUUUUCUGGGGCAUCAAAUGAGAUGGUGACACACCCUGGCUAUUAUUCUGAUCUUGUGGAGAAGUCCAUUGGAAAAUGUAACCUGGCAACUGAUGAGAUAGAGAGGGAUCUUCAUCGUUCCAUGCCAGAACACCCUGCCUUCCAGAACGAGCUUGGUAUAGCGGCUCUACGCCGAGUGCUAACAGCCUAUGCAUUCCGCAAUCCCAACAUUGGUUACUGCCAGGCCAUGAACAUUGUUACAUCUGUACUGCUACUUUACUGUAAUGAGGAGGAAGCAUUUUGGCUUCUCGUUUCUCUGUGUGAGCGAAUGCUUCCAGAUUACUACAAUACAAGAGUAGUGGGAGCCCUGGUUGACCAGGGUGUGUUUGAGGAGCUGACUCGAGAGUUGCUGCCUCAACUGUCAGAAAAAAUGCAAGAGCUGGGAGUUAUCUCCACCAUUUCUCUCUCAUGGUUCCUCACCCUGUUCUUGAGCGUCAUGCCAUUUGAGAGUGCAGUGGUAGUGGUGGACUGUUUUUUUUAUGAGGGUAUUAAGCUGAUUCUACAGUUGUCUCUGGCUGUUCUAGAAGCCAACAUGGAGAGCUUGCUGAACUCCAGUGAUGAAGGUGAAGCCAUGACUAUCCUUGGGAGAUACCUUGACAAUGUGGUGAAUAAGCAGAGUGUGUCCCCUCCAAUUCCUCACUUACAUGCUUUACUCACAAGUGGAGAUGAGCCACCUCCUGAAGUUGAAAUAUUUGACCUUAUUAAGGCAUCCUACGAGAAGUUUGGCAGCCUGAGAGCUGAUGACCUUGAGCAGAGGAGGUUCAAGCAGAGGCUAAAAGUGAUCCAGUCUUUGGAGGAUACAGCCAAAAGGAGUGUGGUGAGAGCCAUCUCCACUGAUCUUGGUUUUUCCAUGGAAGAACUGGAGGAUCUCUAUGUGCUAUUUAAGACUCAGCAUUUGAUGAGCUGUUACUGGGGAGGAAACCGUACAUCCGGUAGUCAACAUGACCCCAGUCUGCCUUAUCUGGAGCAAUACCGCAUUGACUUAGAGCAGUUUCAGGAGUUGUUCAUUCAACUCACCCCGUGGUCCUGUGGUGAACAUGGCCCUAUCCUAGCAACACGUAUGUUCCGCCUGCUGGACAGCAAUAAAGACUCUUUAAUUAACUUCAAAGAAUUUGUUACUGCACUAGGUGGGAUGUACCAUGGAGACCUAACAGAGAAGCUGAAGUUCCUCUACAAGUUACAUUUGCCUCCAGCUCUGACAUCAGAAGAAACGGAAUCUGCUCUGGAAGCCGCAAGCUUUUUCACAGAUGAUCUUACUCCUGAAGUAUCUCCCUUUCUGUCCGAGUUGGAUCUUAUUCUUCAAUGUGAGCUUCCAGACUCAGAAGGUCAUGGAAAUGGAUCUGCAGCAGAGCAUGGAAGCUCCCAGGAAAAGAAAGACUCAGAAGGUCAUGGAAAUGGAUCUGCAGCAGAGCAUGGAAGCUCCCAGGAAAAGAAAGAAGAGAAGACAAAUAGUCCUCCUGAUUACAAAUAUUAUCUUCGUAUGUGGGCCAUCGAAAAGGAGCGCAAGAAAGAAACAAUCAAAGACUUGCCAAAGAUGAACCAGGAGCAGUUUAUUGAAUUGUGUAAGACAUUUUACAACAUGUUCAACGAGGAUCCAGUUGAGCAAGAACUGUAUCAUGCUAUUGCCACAGUUGCUAGCCUCUUGCUGCGUAUUGGAGAGGUGGGCAAAAAAUUUACUAACCCUCCCCUCAGAAAUUCUGAAGACAGAGAAGCAAGCAUGACCAGAGAACCUUCAAGUGAGGAAGAUGAGCAAAGCUCCAGCAUAGACAAAAAGCAGCAGAGAGCAGAACAGCAGGAACAAGCAACAGGUGGUAUUCCAGUUCCAUUCAACACUAAGACUGUACUCUCUCAAGAAAGGGUUGAUAAAUUGAGAGAGGAUAAUGGAGGAACAGAAGGAAACAGCCCUCCUACCCAGCCAACAUCAGAUGAUGAGACCAAAGAUGACACCUCAGUCUCUUCCUAUUCCAUGGUAAGCGCCAGCUCACUACAAUGUGAGGACAUUGCAGAUGACACUGUGUUGGUUGGAUGUGAAGCUGUCAACUCGGCUCCCAAGUAUGGUAGCACCAUUGACACAGAGUGGUCAAUCUCUUUUGAGCAGAUUCUAGCCUCCAUACUGACUGAGGCACCCUUGGUCAGCUACUUUGAGAAAAAAGUAGACAUAGUUCAGAAAAUCAAGCAGAAGAAAGUUGAAAGGCAAAUCAGCUCUUCCAGUGAGUAUGAACUUUCUUCUGUCUCUGGCUGAGAGGACUGUGUACCUCACUUGAAGAAUGGAAUUGGAGGCAUCAGGUUCAGUCCCACAAUGAAAAAAGUGAGCAAACUUUCAUGAGCAUUUUAUUCACUACCCACUGAGCUAAACAUUUUAUGCAUCCUCCACUAGUUGAUAAUAUAUGAUGGUAGCUUAAGAAAUACCUCGCUUACUGGAAUCGCCUUGCACUUCUGAAGAAUCUACAGAUAAUUGGAACAAUGUCCCACAAGAUUUUAAUUGGCGCUUUAUGCAUGAAUUCCCCUUGACUAUUUCAUUAAAGAGCAGUUUUUGUUCUAUGUACCCGCACCUUGUCCUUCAUCUCAAAGAGCACUUGUUUAACUUUGUUUUUUCUGAAUGUGCUCUAUUUUGUAUUAGGGGAAAUAGUAAUUCCUACUCAACACUUGUGUGCCACACUACAUUAUGAAAGAGUGACAAAUACCUGUGCUCCAUGUUUCUGGUAGCUUAUUAUCAUAUUUUGGCCUUUGUUAAGUAGCUUUGUGGUGCAGUUACAGUAGUGUGGCAGACUUCUGUGUCACAAGCUUCUAGCUAAUGUGCAAUAUCUUGGUAUACAAAUAGUAUCCCAGACCACUGUAUAAUACUCACCAAAUGUGUUUUAUGCAAUCGUAAUAUUGUAUGAUGUAAUCAAUGCCUUUUACACUCUGAAAUGAUUUAAACACUUGCUUUUCAUUUCUAUCUAUCUGCUGUUAGUUAAAAGAUCCAGAAGCCUAAUAAUAUACUUGUGUUUCAUAUCAUUUUUUUUCUUACAUGUUAGUGAUCUGUAUAGUGUUAAUGGACAGCCAUAUCAUAUGCUGCUCAGUUGAGUGUAAUAACUGUGAUUUUCAGACCACUUAAACCCCUUUAUUUCAGUGUCAUCUUCUUUCUUUUCAGUACAUUCCAGCUACAAUUUAACACUGAAAAUCAGAAUAAUUAAAAAUGUAUUUUUUUCCUUAUAGAUCAUUGUACUUUCACCAUCUUAUUUCCAUGGACCAAUCCUAUUUAUUUGAGAAACGAAUGCCAAAUAUGGCCGCAGGCAAUGGCACUUGACUCUUUUCAGCACCAGAUUUGUUUGUUUAAAAGUACAAAACACAAAUUGCAUUUUGACACACAUAAAUUUCCACAUGACAUUUGACAUAUAUUCAAUUGCAUGGACAGAGUUAAAUAUGAAAUAUGAUUUGGAUCAUAUAUUAAGUACUGUUUAAAAUAAUUAUAGUUGCUAGCUCCAGAUAUAAUAUCCUAUUUCCAGUUUUGAUUUUGUACAGUUUUAAAAUCAUUAUUUAAUAAUUUCUGUACACAAGUGCUUGUACUGUUUUGUAAACUACUGGUGAUUAAAAAUCCUUAACUGCUAUAUGUUACAUUUCUUCCCACUUCAACAGUGAAGUGAUUUCUUUCCUAAGACAUGGAGAAUACACAACGUCAUUCCAAUUACUAGAAGUAUAUUCACUCCUGGCCAGCAGGAGGAGACAAUGAGCACCCCAGCAGAGCUUUUUACUGUCACUUCCCUUACACCAUAACCCACAGUCAUUCUCUUUGCCUCUGUCAAUGGAGGAUGUGCGAAGUUGGUGUCUGAAGAUAUUUAAUCCUUUUUGGGGUACUUUUCCCUGCAAGCAAGGAUUGGGGUUUAGCUGUGUCCACGUCAAUCUCUUUAGUAAGAGUAGUGGUGGCUUUUAGCAGUUAGAAAGUGGUGAGGUUGUCCUUGCUUUGUUUCUAACAUUGUUGCUACCCUAGUUAUAGAAAGCCAGAGUUGGUUACUCGGUUCUCUCUUUUUCUACAGGUCUCUGAUAGGAGUAUGUGUCCUUUCACGCCUUGUGAGCUGUGUUCCUGCCUGACAUCUGGAUUUGCAGUUAAGUGCUUUUGUCUUCUAGGUUUUGGAGACUUGCACUUGGAAAGAUUAUUUCUGCAAUAUUUCUUUUGGGAUAUAAUUGAUCCUUUAUGUAGGAUUUACUUUGGGGCAGUGUGCAGGCACUUAUUGUAUGUGAGGAGACUAAGGGGUUAAUGUCUUCCCUGUUUUUGGGACGGUACCUCUGGGGCUGAAAGAUGUUUUUAUUUUAUUAACCUAACAUUCUCAGAUAUUGGAAAUAUAAUUUUAUUUGGGGAUUUCUGAUGUUUGGGACAACAUUUACAUCUCCGGUUUUCCGUGUUACGUUGAGGACUUAUAAGAGAAGCGCACUUUUAGACUGUUGCACAGUUUCUCUUUCUGACGGUCAUGUGACUUCCCGCUCUUCCACUUGAGAUACUGAGCAGAGCUGCGUCAUUCUUAUGUGAGCUUUCUUCUGUGACGGCUCGUUUGACCGAUCUGCAGGAGAGUUUUUUGCAUUUGGAUAACUUUUGAAGGUUCAGGUAGGACACCUCAGGCUGACGGAGGUGUAGAGGUGCAUAUUUUCUUUAUUUGGGUAUACUUCGCGUUUUUGCACUCAGAGAAAAUAAAUGUAUUCUUAAAGUGACAGUAGUCAUUUUCAAUUUAUUUUUCAUUCCUUAUAUUUUUGGGGAUUAAUUUAGCUAUAGACACUGAACAGGAGUCUGUUUCUCUUGAUAAAUGUUUAUUGUGUUUAGAGGCCCAAAUUGUUUUGCCUAUGCAAUUUUGUUCCUCAUGCUUAGCUUGGACCCUACAGUUUAAAGAUAAAUUACUGCCUUCUGAGCCUAUUGUCUCUCAGGAUAAUGCUGUUCAGGAUAUGCCACAGCUUUCUCCUCAAACGUCCCAAGCCUCAAUGACAACAUAUACAGUGCUCUGCGGUUCCUCUCAUCCUCCUGGAGGCGUGUAUUUGCCAAUAGAUUUUGCUGCACAGAUAUCUUAUGCAGUGUCUGCGGCUUUAUCUUCUUUUCCCAUUGCGGGUAAGCGCAAGAGGAAAUCAAAUCAAAUUAAAUCUAAACUUCAGAUUUAAGCUUGAACACCUUCGUUUACUUCUAAAGGAGAGGUACUGGCUACUUUGGAUGACUCCGACCCUUCUGUCGCUGUUACCCCUAAAAAAAUCUAGUAAGCUUAAUAAAUACUAUGAUGUUUCUUCCUCUGUGGAAGUAUUUCCUGUUCCAGACCGUGUGUCGGAGAUCAUAUCACAGGAAUGGGACAAACCAGGGAUUCCCUUUUCCCCGUCUCCCAUUUUUAAAAAGAUGUUUCCUGUUGCUGACUCCACUCGGGACCCAUGGCGCACUGUGCCUAAGGUGGAAGGCGCUAUUUCUGCUCUGGCCAAAAGAACGAAGAUUUCUAUAGAGGAUAGCUGUUCUUUUAAGGAUCCCAUGGAUAAAAAGCUUGAGGCUUAUUUAAAGAAGAUGUAUGUUCAUCAGUGAUUACAAUGGCAACCUGCUGCUAGUAUUGCUAUGGUUGCCAGCACAGCAUCUUAUUGGUGUGAUGCUUUGAGUUGAUUUUAGAGGAAAUCCAAGAUAGGAUCAAGGCUCUUAAACUGGCCAAUUCCUUUAUUUCUGAUACCAACAUGCAAGUCAUUAGACUGGGAGCCAAGAUGUUUAGCUUUGUGCUUCUAGCUCGCAGAGCCCUAUGGCUAAAAUCUUGGUCAGCUAAUGUUACUUUCAAGUCCAAGCUCCUGUCUUUACCUUAUAAGGGUAAGACCCUUUUUGGUCCUGGUCUGUCGGAGAUAAUUUCUGAGAUUACAGGUAGUAAAGCCUUUUCUACCUCAGGACAAGAAGAAUAGACCUAUGGGUCCCAAAGCUCUAAUUUUCGUUUGUUUCGUAACUUCAAAGGGCAAAAGUCCCCCUAUUCCUUCUCAAAGCAGGAGCAGUCCAAGUCCUUGGAAUAAGGGGAAGCAAGCAAAGAAGCCUUAAUCUGAGGCUAAAUCAGCAUGAAGUGUCCGCCCCCGGUCCGGUAUUGGAUCAAGUGGGGGGCAGACUUUCCUUUUUUCAUCAAGAUUGGAUACGCAAUGUCCCAGAUCCUUGGGCUGUGGACAUAGUAUCUCAAGGUCACAAAAUAGGAUUCAAGACUUGUACUCCCAGGGGCAGAUUCAUCCUCUCAAGACUAUCUGCAGACCAGAUAAAAAGAGAGGCCUUCUUAAGUUGCGUUCAGGACCUUUCCUCCCUAGAAGUGAUUGUUCCAGUUCCUGUAAGGGAACAGAGUCAAGGAUUCUAUUCAAAUCUAUUUGUGGUUCCCAAAAAAAAAGGAACCUUUCGACCCAUUUUAGAUCUAAAAUGUUUCAACAAAUUUCUCAGGGUGCCGUCCUUCAAGAUGGAAACCAUUCAUUCCAUUCUUCCUUUGGUACAAGAGGUUCAGUUCAUGAUGACCAUAGACCUGAAGGAAGCGUAUCUUUGUUCCCUUUCACAGGGAUCAUCACCAGUUCCUGAGAUAUGCUUUUCUAGACAAGCACUUUCAAUUUGUUGCUCUUCCGUUUGGCCUUGCCACAGCUCCCAUAAUGUUCACAAAGGAUAUGGGGGCUAUUUUGGCAGUCGUCAGGUCUCAGGGAAUUGUGGUGGCACCUUACCUAGACAACAUCUUGGUUAAAGCAUCAUCUUUUCAACUAGCAAACUCAUACAGAGAUCUUGUUGUCUUGUCUACGUUCCCACGGAUGGAAAGUGAAUCUGGAGAAGAGUUCCCUUGUUCCAGCUACAAGGGUGUGUUUCUUAGGGACCAUCAUAGAUUCCCUAUCCAUGAAGAUUUUUCUGACGGAUGUCAGAAAAUCCAAGCUUCUCACUUCAUGUCUCUCUCUCCAGUCUACUGUUCAUCCAUCAGUGGCUCAAUGCAUGGAGGUAAUUGGUCUGUUGGUUGCUUCCAUGAACAUCAUUCCUUUUGCUUGAUUCCAUCUGAGAUCUCUGCAGCUAUACAUGCUCAGUCAAUGGAACGGAGACCAUUCAGAUCUAUCUCAGAGGAUAGAUCUGGAUCCUCUAACAAGAGACUCUCUCUUGUGGUGGAUUUCUCAGGAUCAUCUGUCUCAGGGCACAUGCUUCCGGAGACCCUUCUGGGUGAUUGUGACCACGGACGCCAGCCUGCUAGGCUGGGGAGCAGUCUGGGGCUCAUUAAAAGCUCAGGGACUGUGGACUCAGGAGGAGCCCUCUCUCCCCAUGAACAUCUUAGGAGUUGAGAGCAAUCUUCAAUGCCUUGAUAGCUUAUCCUCAGUUGUCUUUAGCCCGGUUGAUCAGAUUCCAGUCGAACAACAUCAACUCAGUGGCUUACAUCAACCACCAGGGAGGAACUCUGAGUUCCUUGGCCAUGAAAGAGGUGAUUCGCAUUAUUCAGUGGGUGGAAGCUCACGAUUGUCUCCUAUCUGCCAUCCACAUUCCAGGAGUGGACAACUGGGAGACGGAUUUUCUGAGCAGAAAGACCUUUCAUCCCGGGGAGUGGGCUCUCCAUCCGGAGGUGUUCACCAGGAUAAUCCUCAGGUGGGGGGUGCCGGAGUUGGAUCUGAUGGCGUCUCGUCAGAACGCCAAGCUUCCAAGGUACGGAUCAAGGUCACAAGAUCCUCAGGCUGCCCUGAUAGAUGCUCUGGUGGUUCCUUGGGAUUUCGGUCUAGCAUACCUGUUUCCUCCUCUUGCUCUCCUUCCACGAGUCAUUGCUUGUAUCAAACAGGAGAGCGUCUGUAAUUCUAAUAGCUUCUGCAUGGCCUCGCAGGAUCUGGUUUGCGGAUCUGGUGAAGAUGCUAACUCUUCCACUUUGGAGGUUACCUCUGAGGAAGGACCUUCUAACUCAGUGUCCUUUUUUUCAUCCAAAUCUAGUUUCUCUGAAGCUGACUGCUUGGAUAUUGAACGCUUAGUGUGGGUUUUCUGAGUCGGUCAUUGAUACCAUGCUUCAGGCUCGCAAACCAGUUACUCGUACAAUUUACCAUAAGGUGUGGCGCAAAUACCUAUAUUGGUGUGAAUCGAAAGGCAUCUCUUGGAGUAGGGUCAGGAUUCCUAGAAUUUUGUCUUUUCUCCAGGAAGGUCUGGAGAAGGGUUUGUCAGUCAGUUCUCUGAAGGGUCAGAUUUCUGCACUGUCUAUGCUUUUACAUAAACGUCUGGCGGAUGUGCCAGAUGUUCAACCUUUUUGUUAGGCCCUGGCCAGAAUCAGGCCUGUGUUUAAACCUGUUGCUCCUCCUUGGAGCUUUAACCUUGUUCUUAAAGUUUUGCAGCUGGCUCCGUUUGAGCCAUUGCAUUUUGUAGAUAUUAAGUUGUUAUCUUGGAAGGUUUUGUUCCUUAUUGCUAUUUCCUCUGCUCGCAGAGUUUCUGAACUCUCUGCUCUACAGUGUGAUUCUCCUUAGGUUAUUUUUCAUGCAGAUAAGGCAGUCCUUCGUACUAAAUUGGUGUUUCUCCCUAAGGUGGUUUCGGUUUGAAACAUUAAUCAGGAAAAAAAAAAAAAAUUCUUUUUGAACUAAUCCUUCUUCUCAUAAGGAACGUCUUUUGCAUAACUUGGAUGUUGUGCAUGCUCUAAAAUUUUACCUACAGGCUACUAAAGAUUUUCGUCAGUCUUCUGCCCUGUUUGUUUGUUUCUCAGGAAAGCAUAAGGGUCAGAAGGCCACUUCUACGUCUCUCUUUCUCUGGUUGAGAAGUAUGAUUUGUUUUGCUUAUAAGACUGCUGGUUAGCAGCCUCCUGAGAGAAUUACGGCUCAUUCCACUAGGGCUGUCUUUUCUUUUUGGGCUUUCAAAAAUUAAGCUUCUGUGGAACAGAUUUGCAAGUUGGCAACAUGGUCCUCUCUGCUACUUCAUUCUACAAAUUUGAUACUUUUGCCUCGGCUGAGGCCACUUUUGGGGGAAAGGUUCUUCAAGUGGUGGUGCCUUCUGUUUAGGUCUGCCUGUCUUGUUCUCCCUCCCUGUCCUCUAGCUUGGGUAUUGGUUCCCACUAGUAAUUGGAAUGACGUUGUGGACUCUCCAUGUUUUAGGAAAGAAAACAAAAUGAAUGCUUACCUGAUAAAUGUCUUUCUUUCCGGACAUGAAGCUUCCACGCCCCACCCUUAUAUAAGACAGUAUUUAUUUUUUGUUAAAGCUCAGGCACCUCUACACCUUUGUGUUAUCUUUUAUUUCCAUUUCCCUUUGGCGAAUGACUUGGGGUUAUGGGUAAGGGAAGUGACACUUAACAGCUCCGCUGGGGUGCUCUUUGCCUCCUCCUGCUGGCCAGGAGUGAAUAUCCCACUAGUAAUUGGAAUGACGUUGUGGACUCUCCAUGUCUGAAAAGAAAGAAAUUUAUCAGGUAGCAUUAAAUUUUGUUUUUGCACGUCUCUUUAUAACUAAUUACAUAAAGGAAGCUAAUACAGUUAAUGUCAUUUGACUUUCCUCUCUAUACACAAUAGUACUGUAUAUCAGUGCCCUUCUGUGUCUAUAUUCUCAUGGCUCCAGUGACCUUUGCAGAUCUUACCCAUAAUUUAUUCAUUUUUUUAAUUAUAAAAGUACAGUCUGUUUUUAACCAUUUAUGAUUGUUCAUAUAUUAAACAUAAAUUACAAUUAA